AUGUCACGUAGUGUCGUGUGGGGACAGGCGGACCUGUCCCUUGAACGGAUGGAGUGUUUGCACUCGGUGCGCUGCGAUGGAGAUAGAGAAAUGGAUACGUACAGCAAGAACGGUGUGAAGCCGGGCCGCAUCCAAAAAGCUUGCAAGAAUCCUUGCAGCUGCGAAGGUGGCUGCAGCGUACCUAGGCGCAUCAUGACAAAGGUGUGCGAAUGUUUCUGGUCAUUGUCCAAAGCUGGCCAGGACGGACUUUUAUGGUCUUUACAGCAAGGAGCAGGAAAGAAGCGACACUACAGUAUCGCAGGUUAUGCAGUAUGCAGGGAGGCAUUCAUGCGUCUUCUGGGAAUCGGACGAGGAAGGCUACGGCGCUGCAAAUCCAUUUGUCAUGGACUGGACCUACGGAAAAUGACUUCGUCGAAACGGCCAGCCUUGAAACAGGCUUCUCUGAGAGUUUUCUUUAUGCACAUGUACCACAGUGCAGCAGAGUCCAUGACCACGAAGUUCACUACAGCUGAGGUUUUGUCUACCAGCACACCGGAAUUGCAGAGACGGAUGUUGAAGCGACUGAUUGCAUACAAGCUGCAGACCGCCACGGAGCAGAUCAGCUUUGAUAUGGAUCCUGCGCAAUUGCCAGUGCGAGAGCUGCCACACAGCAGUGCAAGCAGCUUGUACACACAAUACCAGGCAUUUUGUGCAAGAGGCUCUCAGGAUGUCAACGUUGCAGGCCGAUCUUUGUUUUACUCCGAGUUUGUGCGUUGGUCACCCUGCCUGCGUUUCCGAAAGAAGUCUACUCACGGCAUAUGCUUUACUUGCUCGAAACUACGUGCAGCCAUCAGCGAAAGCAAGAAGGACUUCGCCAGGCACGUGCGUCUUUGCAACGAGCUUCUCGACCACCACGUGACGCAGUGGAAAGACAGACAAGUGUAUUGGGAAGCACGUACACGGGCACAAACGCAGCGAGACCUUCUUACCAUAAUCUUAGACUCUUACGACAAGGCAAAGGCCAUGCUGCCGAAAUGGCAAGAUUCGAGAACCCCGAAGCGCGCGGCAUUCGAGAAGAACUUUCGACCCCACGUGACCAUCACCCUCGUCCUGGUGCAUGGCGUCGGUGCAUUUUUCUAUACAUGUGAUGAGGGUAUGACUCUUGGAGCAAACUGGACACUGGAAAUUGCAGCCCGACCGCAUUCCGGACAAUAG